AUGGCAGUUCCAAACCGCCCAGUGAGCUUUGUGCCAAGCAAAGCGGGUGAAGUAAUCACCCUAGGAACCAUGAAAUUGCGAAUCAUGGAGGACGGAUCAAAUACAGGUUUGUCAACUCUGCAAGAUCAGGUCAAAAUGUUCUUACACGAAACAUUAGAUAUGCGCUUCAGCUGCGUGGAACUAAUCAUUCCCUCGCGGACGAGAGGCCCCCCUCUACAUUGGCAUGAGAUGCACGACGAAUCUUUCCUCGUUACUAAGGGGACUGUUCGGUUUCAUCUGCACGGAAAGCCAGACAUCGAUGCCAAGGCUGGAGACUACAUUGUUAUACCUACAAAGAGUCCCCAUACAUUUUCGAAUCCAUCCGAUGAAGAGUCGCGUUUCUUCAAUACGUUCACUCCGGCAUUUUACAUUAACUAUUUCAAACUGCUUAGUGAAUUUUCCGAAGAAGGGAAGCCUUUGUCCAAGGAGGCAAACCAGAGAGCAAUGUCAUAUUAUGCAACACUCCCAGUGCCGGAACCUUGA